AAAAAAUAAAAAGUGCGGUUUAUUUCCAGUCUACAAAAUUAAAGAUGUGUGGUUUUUGUCCACUCUAUAAAAUCCAUGUAUGGGGUUUAUCUACUCUUUACAUUUUUUAGGUGUGGAGUUUUGUCCGUCUUCCAUUUUUUGUGAACUCUAUGAAAAGCCUAAAAAAGGUACGGGAUAUCUUAAAAAAACGCAUUGUUUUCGAUUGUUGGCACAAAAUAUUCUGCUUUUGCCAAUUUAAAUAUUUCUAUUUUAAAUUAAUGCUAAAUUUGCAUUUCUGACACGUGUCUGUAACUUCAAACUUUUAACAACAUUUUUGUAUUUAACUUGACUUGUUAAAUAUAGUUCCAGGUACCCAUUAUGGAUAUAUAAUUCGUCAAUGUCACUUUACCAAUAUUACGUAAAAACAUUCAAAUAUUUUAAAGUUGUGGUGUAAACACUGCCUUCACGAUUAUUUCUAUUGGAUGUUUUCAGCAGGAAGAUCACGAAAGAGUUAUGUGUUAUAGGGAUUGAAAAUAGAUUAAACAGAAACUUACAUAAUAACAACGACCGAUAUUUUGUUUUUAGUUUGGCAAAAUAUCUAUUAGCCUCUUUUUAGAUUGAAUAACAAGGAAGUUUAGAAUAGAUGUUUAAAACCAAUUUUAAUUUACAAUUUGUGAAAAGUACAUGGAAAGUUACCCACAUAUCGACGAUGAAGACGAACGUUCGCUUUAUAAUAUUAUUUUUGGUGAUAUUGUUACGCUGCAAGUGCGCAGUAGGAGCUUGUGAAACUGGCUCUUGGGGAGAUAACUGCGAUAAAAAAUGCCCGACAAAUUGUGACAGGUCAUGUGACAAGUUAAAUGGUAUCUGCACUCGUUGUCACAGAGGAUUUUGGGAUAGUUAUUGUAACAACACCUGCAGUGUUUAUUGCAGUGGAAGCUGUUAUAAAGAUGACGGAAAAUGUUAUUCUUGCAGAAACAAAUUGUGGGGUGACAUAUGUGAUAGGCCUUGCAUUGUUCACUGUACCAGUUGUGAUAGAUAUAAUGGGAAGUGUCGUAAUUGUGAAUUGGGAUUUUGGGGUGAAUUUUGCAAUAAGACUUGUGCUUCAACUUGUUAUUCGUGUGAUGAAAAUAAUGGACGUUGCGAUUCUUGUAAAGGCUACAAUUGGGGUCCUUAUUGCAAUAAUACUUGCAAUUUCCCGUGUAGGAGAUGCGAUAUAAACUCUGGACAAUGUGAUUAUUGUACAUAUGGACGCUGGGGUACAUUCUGUAAUAACACUUGUCGUGUUGGUUGCUCUAAUACAUGCUCAAGAUUUACUGGAUAUUGCGACUCGUGUAAUAAUGGAUAUUGGGGAACCAAUUGCAAUAAAACAUGCAGUAAAAAUUGUCAGAGUUGUUAUAGAAGCAAUGGUGCCUGUUCGAUUUGUAAAAAUGGUUACUGGGGUAUAUCAUGUAAAAAUAAAUGUGUCGGGAGUUGUUCGUCAAAUGCAUGCGACAAAGAUUCGGGGGAAUGCAGAAGUUGUCCAACUGGUAAAUGGGGAAGCUACUGUGAAAAUUUGUGCAGGAAAUCGUGCUCCUGGAACUGUAAAAAACAGACAGGCGAAUGUGCAUGUAAAGCUGGAUACUGGGGUACAGAUUGCUUGAACAUGUGCAAUGAAUCAAAUUGUGAUGUAUGCUCACAAGCAGAUGGAUUGUGUACAAGAUGCAAGCCUGGCUUUUGGGGCGUUAGGUGCGACUUUAAAUGUAAGUCAGGUACAUGCCUUCAAUGCUAUAUCGACAGUGGAUUAUGCAGUGUUUGUCGACUUGGACGAUUUGGAACACUUUGUAAGAAUAUAUGCAGACAUGGAUGUCCUUGUUGCAGCAUCUCUUCUGGAGCAUGCUCCUUUAGUUGCCCGGGUACAAUUGACGCGGUUGGCAAUAAAUUGACAGUCAGUGAGGAGCCGGCACAAGGAAUAAGUUACAUAACAGUUAUAAUCUCUGUGGUUACUAGUUUGGUUGUUGUUGUAACAGGAGUUGGAACAUUUAUCUUCCUUAAAUCUAGAUUCAGGCAAACAAAACGCAAGAAAAGUGCGGACAUGCAAGGUUCUUUAUCAGAGAUGUCUGGUACACCCACUACACAAACAUCUCAAGGUACAAGAAAUGAGAUGAACAUCGAUGUUGCGGAGCCUGUUAACACAUCAGAUGAUCAUACUUACGAGAAACUAAAAUAAUAAAGAAUGUUAUGUAGAACCAGUUUUACUGCACAAAGUACCACUUGAUGUGCAAAAAAGGUUCUGAAGAAUUUUUUAUCAUAUCACAUAUCAAUCUUAACAAAAUAUGCUUGGUUUAAAAAUUCGGAAACAACAACACAAUUGCUUUGUUGAAAUGUUUAAAAAGAAAUUUUAUAAGAUUGUUUGAUAGAUAUUGUAAAAAUGCCUUAGUGGUUGAUGUAAAAAAUAACAGGAAUCUGAACAUUUUGCCGGGACAUAACAUAAUGGGACAUGCAACUAUCGACCAGAUAAGCUCAAGUGUGUACAUCAAAUAUACACACGACGUUAGUAUUUGAAGUGAAAACGCUGAAACAUUUUCAUACUUACUGAUAAUACCAUAUCAAUGCAAAAGGUUGGCUUAUAAUAGUUGGCUUAUAAUUGUUGCUUGUCACGCUCAAAAAAUAUUCUUUUGCAAUGAUCGUGGCGCUUGCGCCUGAUUGGAUAAGAAGAUAACGAGAUGCCUAUCUCAGUUCGAUUGUUUCGUUGUAUUAUGUCUCAGAUAUUCAACUUAUCAACUGAUGAUCUUAAUCAAUUAAUAAUUUAUUACUAAAAAAUUAUUUUCCCUAACGUGUGUUUCAAUCAAAUUAAAAUCGUGUACUUAUAAACAUUUUUUAUAAUUCGUACAAUUAAGUGUAUCAGUAUAUAUACUGUUUGAAUUUUUGUUCUUCUAGAAGUUUUUUUCCUGAAAUUUGAUCGUUUUUUUCAAUAGCCUGUAUUCCAUACCUAAGAUUAGAUACUAUUAUGCUUUCAUAGAUAAAUAUUCUAUAUUUCCAAAAAAGGAACAUUGCACAAGUGGUUCAGCUUUUUAAAUAUGCUUUACAUUUUCAGCCAAAAUUUUUUUGUAUCAUUCAUAACACAUACACAUUUGAGUGUAACAGUAGGAUAAAGAGUGAGUCACCAGUUCACCAGUUCAUUUAUUUCUUAAUAUAAGUAAUAUUAGAUGAUGUAUCAAAACUAUAAAUUUGUUCAACAUUAUUUGUUAUAGGAGCUUCUCUUAGAAAUAAACACAUGGAGCAUUUCAGCAACCGUAUUCAUGAUAUUUAUAACA